AUGUCCUUUCUCAGUGCUAACUUUUUGAACUCUAAAGUUCCUUCUGAGCUUGGCCUAUGCACAAAUCUAACUUUCUUGAGCUUAGCAGUAAAUAACCUGACAGGUUCUUUGCCUUUGUCAUUAGCAAAUUUGACUAAACUAUCAGAACUAGGAUUAUCGGAUAAUUCUUUUUCUGGUCAAAUUUCAGCUUCAUUGGUAUCUAAUUGGACCAAGUUAACUUCCUUGCAACUCCAAAACAAUAGUUUAACUGGAAAGCUACCUCCACAGAUUGGCUUACUGAAAAAAAUUAUAAUCUUACUUCUGUACAAUAAUAUGUUGUCUGGUCCAAUCCCUGAUGAGAUAGGAAACUUGAAGGUAAUGACAGGGUUAGACCUUUCAGGAAACCACUUCUCUGGUCCAAUUCCAUCAACCAUAUGGAAUCUCACAAACAUAACCGUCAUAAAUCUUUUCUUCAACAACCUCUCUGGAAAUAUUCCAAUGGAUAUUGGAAACUUAACUUCACUGCAAAUUUUUGAUGUCGACAAUAAUAACUUGGAAGGAGAAUUGCCAGACACAAUUGCUCAUCUAACUGCCUUAACUUCUUUUUCUGUGUUCACCAAUAACUUCUCAGGAAGCAUUUCCAGAGAUUUUGGAAAGAACAGUCCUUCUUUGACUCAUGUCUACUUUUCAAACAAUAGUUUCUCAGGAGAACUUCCUUCUGAAUUAUGCAGUGGCCACAAUCUAGUUGUUUUGGCCGUAAAUAACAACAGCUUUUCAGGAUCAUUGCCAAACUCCUUGAGAAAUUGUUCAUCCUUAACAAGAGUUAGGCUUGAUGAUAACAAGUUCAGUGGAAACAUCACAGAAUCAUUUGGGAUUCAUACAAAUCUUAUUUUCAUCUCGCUAAGUCGAAAUCAUCGUGUUGGCCAUCUCUCUCCAAUGUGGGGUAAAUGUAUCAGCUUAACUGCGAUGGAAAUGAGUGGAAACAAACUUUCUGGAAAAAUCCCAUCCGAGCUAAGUAAGUUGAGUAAAUUACAGUUUCUUAGCUUGCACUCCAACGAAUUCUCCGGAAAUAUCCCACCUGAAAUUGAAAAUCUCAGUCUGCUCUUCAUGUUGAACUUGAGCAGGAACCAUUUAUCAGGAGAAAUUCCAAAGAUUAUUGGAAGAUUAGCUCAACUUAAUAUUGUUGAUUUAUCAGAUAAUAACUUCAGUGGAAGCAUUCCUAAAGAGCUUAGUAAUUGUAAUCGGUUACUAAGCCUGAACUUAAGUCAUAACAAUCUAUCUGGUGUGAUACCAUAUGAACUUGGCAAUCUAUUCUCCCUCCAAUACCUGUUAGACCUUAGCAGCAACAAUCUUUCAGGAGAAAUUCCUCAAAACCUUCAAAAGUUAGCAACAUUGGAGAUUCUCAAUGUCUCACACAACAAUCUAUCUGGAACAAUCCCACAAUCCUUUUCAAGUAUGAUCAGCCUUCAAUCUGUGGAUUUUUCUUACAACCACUUGUCAGGUUUGAUACCAACAGGUGGUGUUUUCCAGACAGAAACCGCUGAAGCUUUUGUUGGGAACCCAGGUUUGUGUGGUGAUGUAAAAGGAUUAAGAUGUGCCACUGUAUCGUCUCAAAAAGGUUCUGGAGGAGCCAACAGAAAGGUACUUCUUGGUGUUACUAUAUCAGUUGGUGGAGUACUAUUUAUAGGGAUGAUUUGUGCUGGAAUCUUAAUAUUUCGAAGGCAAGCCAAAAAACACGGUGAAGAAUCCAAAAACAUUGAAGAUAAUGAUCAAUCUAUUUGCAUGAUAAUGAUCAACCUAAAUAACUAG